AUGGCAACUAAAAUUUCACAAGAAUUAUUGGUUAUGAUAUUAAAUAAUGUUAAAUCAAUUCAUGAUUUAUAUUCAUCAUUAUUAGUUAAUAGAACCUGGUGUAAAAUUACUAUACCUAUACUUUGGGAAUUAGCUUUUGAUCAAGAAUUUAAUUGGAUGAAUUAUAAUAAGUGUAGGAGGAGAGCAUUGUGUGUUCGAACUUAUAUAUCAUGUAUGGAUAAUCAAUCUAGAACUUUACUUACUCAAAGUGGAUUUGAUUUAUCAUCAUCACCACCUCAAGUUACUUUUAAUUAUCCAUCAUUCACUCGUGAAUUUAGAAUUGAUAAUUUAGCUCAUUUUAUUUCCAUAUAUUCACAAAAAAUUAUUGGUUCAUAUCAAGAUAACUAUGAUAAUAAUAAUAACAAACACAUCAUAAUUGCCAAAUCAAGAAUAUUAUUUCUCGAGAUAUGUAAAUUAAUAAUAAAUCGUUGUACGUUUUUGGAUUCUUUUAAAAUGACGAAAGUUCCCAAAAUUUUUUUUGAAAAUUUUCUAAAUAGUGAUUUAAUUUGUUCAAUUUUCACGUUACCUGGUGCCGCAAAAGUAUUUAAGAAAUUUCGAACGUUUGUUUUAGAAACGAUAAAUGAUGAACCAAUCAGCCUAUUAUAUGAAUCAUUAGCAUUAAUUUGUAAUAAUAUUUUAAAUAUGGAUUUAGAAUUUAGGUCAGAUUCUCAAAUGGAAGUUUUAGGAAAACUUAUUUGUGUUCAAAAACGACUAGAAAAUUUAUCAAUUAUUGGCGUUAGUUAUUUAAAUUUUAAUUUAUUAUUAUGGAAUAUCAUUAGUCAAAAAGAAAUAUUAAAGAGUCUUCGUUUAAAAUCAGUAAGUUUCUAUAAUUUCAAGGGUAAAUUACCAAUUGGACAAUUUACUUCACUUCAAGAACUUUAUAUUGAAAAUUGUCAUGAAUUGUAUAGCUCGGAAUGUCUAUCCUUGGCUUCAUCAUUUACUCAAUUAAGUAGUUUUCAUUUUUUUUAUCAGUGUAAUAAGCUUCCUCAAAAAUUUAUUAUAAAAAUUCUCGAAACGGCCAAUACAAAUUUAAAAAAUAUUUAUCUAGAUUGUCUCACAAUUCCAUCUGAUACAUUUUCAGCAAUUUUAAUUUAUUGUACUAAGAUUACCGAAUUAACUUUACUAGAUUUAAGUCUUGAACAAGUAAUAGCAAUAUUUAAUAAUAAUUUUAAUGAAUUAAAAAGAUUUUCAUUUCAUUGUGGGAUAGGAUUGGAUGCUAAUGAAUUAUUACGUAAAAUGGUUGAAAGUGUACCAGAAUCACUUGAAAUUAUUGAAAUUAGAAUGGGGAUAUUUAAUGCUGACAGUUUAAGAAAAUUUUUUAAAGGUUGGUGUAGUAAAGAAGGAGGAAGAAAUAAAAAGAUGAUUGUAAAUCGUCAAGAACAACUAUUUACAUUAAGUAAUGAACAUUUUAAAGUUAUUGAAGAAUAUGGGGUUCAAUUUAAUAUAAAAUAA